AUGUCAGAAGGACAAAGACAACAACGUAUAUAUCAAAUACAAAGGCAGAAAUACCUUGGUGUGGGUAGCGAAACUACUACAAAGGAGUCAUGGUCGGAUAAUGUGAGAAAGGAUACAUAUCACAGUCUACAAGGACAUUCUGCGAUCCUUGAAUAUUUAACUUUGGCCAAUGAUUCUAUUCCGUCAAAGAGAGACAUGAAAGUGACUCUAAUCAAGAAAAUGGCACGAGAUGAAAGCACUAAGAAGAGACAUAUUGACGAUUAA